AAAUCCAGUCAUUGCUUUGUUGGUUCCAUUGCUCUUUCUUUCCUUUUUUUUUUUUUUUGAUGGUAACUGAGCAAAGUGGGGUUUACAGAUAAAUACAUGGCUUGCAUGAAGCUGGGAUCCAAAUCUGAAGUGUUUUAUCUUCAGGGGCAAUCCUGGGUGUGUUCAACUGGUCUGCCCAGUGAUGUCAUUGUUGAAGUGGGAGAUUUUUCCUUCCAUCUUCAUAAGUUUCCAUUGUUGUCAAGGAGUGGAGUAUUAGAAAAUCUUCUAGGUGAGGAUGAGAGAAAGUGUGUUUUGCAAAUUCAUGACAUACCUGGCGGAGCCAAGGCAUUUUUGCUUAUAGCCAAAUUCUGUUAUGGUGUCAAACUAGAGCUCAGUGCAUUAAAUGUAGUCAGUCUUCGAUGUGCUGCUGAAUAUCUUCAAAUGAGUGAAGAAUAUGGAGAAGGAAAUCUCAUUGUUCAAACAGAAAUUUUUUUUAAUGAGAUAUGCAGUAACUGGACAGAUUCUAUUAAAGCCCUUGAGUCCUGUGACGAGGUUUUACCACAUGCAGAAGAACUUCAUAUUGUUUCACAAUGCAUCAAUGCCUUAGCAAUGAAAGCUUGUGCAGAUCCAAGUUUGUUCAGUUGGCCCAUUUUAGGAAGUGGUGCUGAACAGAAUCCAGAUGGUAGUGCAUCAUGGAAUGGAAUAUGCGUUGUAACGAAGUCAAAGCCUGUGAGUGAGGAUUGGUGGUAUGAGGAUUUGUCCUUCCUGAAAUUAUCUCUGUAUAAAAGGUUCAUUCUAGAUGCUGAAUCAAGAAGCAUGAAGCCAGAGAAGAUUGCUGGGUCUCUCAUCCACUAUGCAAAAAGGCAUCUUCCCUUGGGUAGGGAGUCUGACUUCCAGAAUGGCAGCCAUGCUGCAAUUGCAUCAAUGCUGCCUGUCCCAUCUGGUACAGAUCAAAGGGAUCUCCUUGAAGAAAUAGUGGAGUUAUUGCCUAAUCAAAAGGGUGUCACCCCAACAAGGUUUUUACUGAGGCUUCUACGGACAUCCAUGAUUUUACAUGCUAGUAUAUCAUGUCAACAGAAUUUGGAGAGAAGGAUUGGGGCUCAGUUGGAUCAAGCAGCUUUGGAAGAUCUUAUGAUACCAAAUAUGAGGUACUCAGAGGAGACCCUUUAUGAUAUUGACUGUGUUCAGCGGAUUCUCGAUCACUUCAUGCUGGUAGAUCAUGAAGAACUUGAAUAUGGUUCUGAUUAUAUGGAUGAUGAAGGGCAGUUAAUGGGAGUUUCCCAUUCCCUCAGCCCAAUGACAAUGGUUGCGAAUCUGGUGGAUUCAUAUCUAGCUGAAGUAGCACCUGAUGUUAACUUGAAGUUACCAAAAUUUCAGUCACUUGCUGCUGUUAUUCCUGAUUAUGCCAGGCCAUUAGAUGAUGGAAUUUAUCGUGCAAUCGAUCUAUACCUCAAGGCUCAUCCCUGGCUAACAGAAUCCGAGAGAGAACAGCUCUGCAGGCUUAUGAACUGCCAGAAGCUAUCUUUGGAAGCCAUCACCCAUGCUACCCAGAAUGAGAGGCUACCAGUGCGAGUCAUAAUCCAAGUUCUGUACUUUGAACAACUGAGGCUCCGCACUUCAAUUGCUGGUUGGUUCUUUGUCUCUGAUGACCUUGAAAACUCACAGAAUCCAAGUGGCAAUCUCGCUAUCACCAGAAACGAUGUUCCUCCACACUCGAGCACCAUGCGAAACCAAAUUGUGACAUUUGAUGAGAUGAAGGAGCGUGUAUCUGAACUUGAAAAGGAGUGCUUGAGCAUGAAACAAGAAAUUGAAAAGCUUGUGAAGACAAAAGGAGGUUGGAAUAUUUUCUCAAGGUUUGGAUUUAGAUCAAGAUCCACUGAUCUAAAAUCACCGGAGUCCUCUGAUCUGAAAACAAAAGAACCCCACGAUUGCAAAGCGUCAUCUAAAACACCAGCACCAUUUAUGGAGGAAGGAGGAAAUGGUAAAGGAAGUGAAUCAGAAUAACUAUAUUCAAAAACAAAUUAGAGAAAUAGGAGUUUUUUUUUUUUUUUGGUUUAACAUCAUAUCUUCUUUCUGAUGAAUUAAGUCACAAGAUUGCU